AUGACUACAGUUGUGGCUCACUGGACUGGGGUGUUCAAAGACCUUGGUGGUGAAAGCGAGGCUUACUUUGUCUCUAUGGAAGAAUGUGGCAAAAUUAAACAGGCCUGCAAAACUUCUGGUGACACUAUUCCAUCUGCCUUUGGGUCACGUGUACCAGAUGCUGCAAGUGAGCAGUGGCAAUUCAAGAUGGAGAACUGGUUCACUUUUCUUACUUUCCUCACACUGCCCUUGCUCCAUGGCCAACUUACAUCUCCCUACUACAAGUACUUCCUCAAAUUUGUCAACAUUUUCAACUUAUGCCUCAGCUAUGUCUUGUACCGUGACAAUAUUGAGGGGCUUAGAAAAAGAUGUGCUAAUUGGAUCAAAGAUUAUGAAAGAACUGGACCCUCUGGCGCUAUUGGAACUUUCCAACAGAGCACUUCCGUGGUGUUAUAG